ACACACACACACACACACACACACACACACACACACACACACACUAUCAAAACAAUUAUUUUGAUAUAUAUUCGUCAUUUAUAUAUUUCAUUCCACGUUUGCCCACAUGGCCAGCCAGAAUGAUUUAUUUUUAACCUUUCUUCUUCCUCUCUCCCUCUCAAGGGAAUAAUACCACAUCUUCCUUCCCUACAUUUCUGCCAGUCCUUAGAGAAAGCACCUGCAUCGCCUGUUCCUGUCGUCCUCCCUGGUCAUUAGUCAAAAUAACGACCGCCGUCAUUGGUUCCUUCAUCCCAUUUCCAAGCAUCUCAUUGGCCAUUUCUUCAUCCCAUGUACAUUCUUCAUGUACGCGUAGCUAGAUCGUCAGUCUUCGGAGAGUCAGUCUUCCGAGAGUCAGACUUGAUCAGUUCACAUUCAGUCCAGUUCAUAUCAGUUCAGAGAGGAGCACAUCGGUAUCGUCACGUCUGUAAUCAAUUGUGUCUCGAUAUCAUGUGUGUACAUUCUAUCCAUUAUUAAAUCUAGAACUUUUAUAGAAUGUCCUUUGCUCGCACAAAUCAACAAUAUCAAACCACUACCCACGACCUCCACGCUACCAACAAUAUCAAGCUACUACGCGGUCCUCCAGAGCAGCCACCACCACACCAAGCAUCAUCAACAGAGACAUUGAUAAUUUCAACGGAGCGGUAAGAAGUACAUCAUCAAAACAGUGUGGUCAACAUCAUCUGGAACACUGGUGACAACAAGUGGCCAAAAUUUACGGAAACAGUGGUAGCAACGGUGUUGUGCGAUCGAAGACACGAACUCUCGACUUUCUCAAAAUCCAGUACAUGCUGAGACAAGAGUAUCAUAUCCCAUCGCAGGCAAGUUGCGAGGCGUUGUCAUUUCCUACCACGCUCAAAUCGUGGGUUACCACACUCUCCACGUGCUAUCUUCCCUGCCGCUUCUGCCUCUUCUCCGCUCCUGACUCAUCCCCGUGGUCACACCUGUCUGCCAUCAAACCUGUCGCCGCCUAUUCCUACUCAUCACGCCGCUCCUCUUUGCUGGUUGCCGUUCAUGCUUCUUCCUGAAUUGUGGGUAUCCCUUGGUUCCUUCUCCGAGCCACCCCCACCUCUCCCAUCCGAGUACUCGAGGUCAAGCCUCAUCGCCACCACCACUCCCCACCCAGCCCUUCUCAAUGCCCGGACUCACCCAAGGUCAUCUUUCCAAGUUUGCUCCCAGCAGUGAUCUUCCCAGUCAUCAGGGGCCAGAUCCACGAAACGGUUAUUAUCAACCUCCGGCAGCCAAAUGGUAUCCACGAACGCAUAAGAGGUUGGUGUUGCCAUGGUACAAGGUAGUUACACCACCUCCUGAGGUGGUGUAAGUUAACUCGCCCGAAAACUCUUAUUUAAAUAUUUAUGUGCACAAAAUAACUUUUCUUUUUAUUAUUAUUUACAAGCUUUAUCACCAAGAAAGUAUGGUUUUGCGAUGCAUAAAGUGAAAUCUUGCAUGGAACACUGAAAACGAAGCAUGAAAAGGAAGAGGCUGAUUUGCCCCACACGUGCGCGCUCCCCAUUCCGCCUCGCAGCAAUAAGUUUGUAUUGUGAUUAAGUAUUGUUUUCGUCGCUUCUCCUGCAUAUAUUGGAUAUUUUCUUUGCAUACUUCCACGUUCGUGCCUUGAGGCGAGAAAGGCGCUUUUGGAAUCGCCUUGAUUCCUUGGCAUUGAGUGAUAAUGAGCUGAUGCUCAAAUACCACUUCCCUAGGCAGUUGCCAGUGGGUCCUUCCAAAACGUCAUUGGAGACACUGCAGGACUUACGCAAGUGUCAGCAGGGUCUUCGAGUGUGUGUGCAUUGUGUUGAGUGAUAAGUCGGUGCAGGAAAUCAAGAUGCCUUCAACACACCUUGAUCAAAGGAGAACUGCACAGCAGUUCUUCAGGAUCAAAAAUUUCUUAAGAGUUAUUGGGACCAUUGAUGGCACCCACAUUGCCAUCAAGGCCCGAAGAGUGGACGAGGCCCUCUACUUUAACUGGAAAAGCUAUCACUCCCUCUGAAAAUCCAACUUGUUUGUGAUGUGAAUGGAGUGAUCCUCAGCUACUGCUUCAGAUUCCCAGUUGCCUUGGAAAGUGCAUUCCUGGCUGAGUGUGGUGCGUGUGCCUGCUACUCGUGUGGUGGUGCUGCUGCUGCGUGAAGCCUCUGCCGUGGGAACCCACCACAAAUAGCUAAUGGAUUCUGUAUGACGGGAUCAGCAGCAGACAGAAUUGCAGUGAUGUAUUAACAUGCCUAGGCAGUGCAGUGCAGACUCCAAGGCUCCCCAAGUGUACAGCAUUGUUGUGUGUGUGGAUGGGGUGUGUGUGCCAGACUCCUCACACUCUGUAUUGUAUCGCUGGGCAAGGUCACCUACUAUUGAGACAGUAGCUCUUCUUUGGUCAUUGCCAGGCUCUCUUUUGGAUCUUCAUGGCAGUUUCCACAACAGCAAACACUGCAAGCUUGACCACACUGAUCUUGUCUCCAGUGAAGCUAAGAGUGGGAAUGUUUUUACCAAGGCCUUUGUUGGAGGCGUCCCCUGUGAUAUAGUGGACGACAACCUGGAGCUCUGUGACACACUGACAAGGGAGAAGGUUACUUGUCGCUCCAAGGCUAAGCUGGUCGGCCCCAUGAAUGUCACUGUCUGCGUUACCGGAAGAGGCGCGUCUGAAGUGACCAAGAUAGGAAGGUACGUGGACUCCCAGGACAGGCUGUACCAGUUCCUCACAUAUGCUGUGAUGUGCUGAGUUGGGCAGGAAUAUGAGAUGUAAGCAUUGGUGACCACUCAUGCUUGCCCACCCCGCUGAUCGACAACCUUGGUGAACUUUGGAUUUUUUUUAAAGUAAGGACUUCCCACUAUCUUGAUUGUCUGGUGCAGUUUGGCCAGGUGAUCACCAGCAUUGGCAGAAGGUUUAAAAGUAUGGCAAUUAAGCAUAUGAUACAGCAACAUCAGAAAAUGUCUGUUUCAUAUAAUUCCCCACUGGAGCUUCUCUAUUCCUCUUGAUUGCCAUUGGUUUAUGUGAAAUGGACUAGGUUUAAAUGUGAUAAAUGCACCUCAAACAUUUCAGAUUUAGACAAACUCGAUAUAUGCAUCAUUAAUGCACUCCCCUUGAAAAAUCUUUGGUGCCUGAAAAAUAUUGCAUUAUAAUUUGAGAGAUGAAGGGCUACAUGUAGUACAAUCAGCAAACAAUUUAUUUUGCACAUCUAUGGACAUAAGUUUUUUUUAUUUACUCAUGAGGACUAUGGUCACAGGUUUCCCUCUCUGUUUAGCAGUCUUAACUCUUUAUGAUGUGUCACUG